ACAUAAACAGCAACCAUGUCUCAGACACCUAAAGCUGCUGCUGCUGCUGCUGCUGCCAGCCAGGGCACUGAUGUCAAGGAAAAGGGUACCCCAGGCCCAGUUCCUCUUCCAAUUACCAAGCCCACAAAAGCAGGUGAACCUAGUGUGGGAUCCUUCAAGGUAAUCAUCUUCGAGCAGGAAAACUUUCAGGGAAGGCACAUGGAACUCCUGAAUGAGUGUGUGAACCUUGGGGAGAGGGGAUUCGACAGAGUGCGCAGUGUUAUUGUCGACUCUGGACCCUGGGUUGCUUAUGAGCAGUCCAACCUCCGUGGCGAGAUGUUUAUCUUGGAGAAGGGCGAGUAUCCUCGUUGGGAUACCUGGUCUAGCAGCUAUAGGAGCGACUGCUUCGUGUCCCUACGCCCCAUCCGAAUGGAUAGCCAGGAACAUAAAAUCACCCUGUUUGAAUCCGCCGACUUCAAGGGCAACAAGAUGGAAAUCAUUGAGGAUGACGUGCCCAGCCUGUGGGCCUAUGGAUUCUGUGACCGCGUGGGAAGCGUAAAAGUACCCAGUGGAACAUGGGUCGGAUAUCAGUAUCCUGGUUACAGAGGCUACCAAUACCUGUUUGAAAACUGUGAUUAUAAACAUUGGAACGAAUGGAGUGCCUUCCAGCCCCAGAUCCAGUCUAUCCGUCGUAUUAGAGACAUGCAAUGGCACCAGAAAGGAUGCUUCCUUAUCCCCACUACUGCCACCACCAAGUAAAUAAAAUGUCCCUAGCUUGACAGAGAACCUUCAAGAAUGCUCCAUGGAAAAUGAACCUCACUACAUUUUGUAAAUCUACUCUGUCAACUCAUUUGUUGUAUAUUAAAUAUUUACUGGAUGUACUUUAUGAUGCAAAUAAAUACAAUUUCUGAGGUAGAACA